CGAACGUCGGACGGUUCGCACGUGUGUGCAUCGCAGAAAAAUGGGUCGCCGACCGGCAAGAUGUUAUCGUUACUGUAAAAAUAAGCCCUACCCGAAAUCCCGGUUCUGUCGUGGUGUUCCGGACCCCAAAAUCCGUAUCUUCGACUUGGGCCGCAAGAAGGCAUCGGUGGAAGAUUUCCCCCUCUGCGUUCAUCUGGUAUCGGAUGAGUAUGAGCAGCUUAGCUCCGAGGCGCUGGAAGCGGGCCGUAUUUGCUGCAAUAAGUAUCUGGUGAAAUACUGCGGCAAGGACCAGUUCCACAUCCGUAUGCGUCUGCAUCCGUUCCACGUAAUUCGCAUCAACAAGAUGUUGUCCUGUGCCGGAGCUGAUCGGCUCCAAACUGGAAUGCGUGGUGCGUUCGGAAAACCGCAGGGUACGGUUGCCCGUGUCCACAUUGGACAGCCGAUCAUGUCGGUACGCUCGAGCGACCGUUACAAGGCGCAGGUCAUUGAGGCACUGCGUCGUGCGAAGUUCAAGUUCCCGGGACGUCAGAAGAUCUUCGUUUCGAAGAAGUGGGGCUUCACCAAGUACGAUCGUGAUGUCUACCAGAAGCACAACGAAGAGGGACGUCUGGUACAGGACGGAUGCGGUGUCCAGUUCCGCAACGAUCACGGCCCACUGGUUAAGUGGGAACAACACCAACGUGAUCGAUUUGCAGCUUAAAG